ACAAGAUGGCUGUGCGUCGGGGAGCGGAGAGCUGAGGUUGAAAUAUAACCCCCUAAAUUGAUCCAUACAUGAAAGGGAAGGCGCACGACGAAAGACUCGAAAGAUCAGAUUUUUUUUUACUGUCGCAAAACAGUGACGUAUAAUAGUUUCUAGUAGAAACGGGGCUGACUCCAUCCACCUAUUUAUACAGGCUAUAGAGACGGACAUUACUCCGAAUUGAAAUAUCGGUGCCGGUGGAAGACAUCUGGGAGCGAUCAUAGCCAGAGCUAAGAGAUGUCAUUGCUGUGCGUUGGCGUGAAGAAAGCCAAACUCGAUGGACCCCAAGAGAAAUUUAACACCUACGUAACGCUGAAGGUGCAGAAUGUCAAGAGCACCACCAUUGCUGUGCGGGGCGUCCAGCCAUGCUGGGAGCAGGACUUCAUGUUUGAGAUCAACAGGCUGGACCUGGGGCUGACGGUGGAGGUGUGGAACAAAGGGUUAAUCUGGGACACCAUGGUGGGGACCUUGUGGAUCCCCCUGCAAAACAUCCGACAGUCUAAUGAGGACGGGCCGGGGCAGUGGCUGACCCUGGACUCCCAGGUCAUCAUGGCUGAGAAUGAGAUCACCGGCACCAAAGACCCCACCUUCCACCGCGUGCUGCUGGACACCCGCUUUGAACUGCCAUUAGACAUUCCAGAGGAUGAGGCUCGAUACUGGGCCAAGAAACUGGAGCAACUCAAUGCCAUGAGGGACCAGGACUACACAUACCAGGAGGAGGAGGAGAGACCACUGCAAGCGCCAUCAACUCAGUGCUGUAACUGGAGUCUUUGGGGAGACCAGCAAAACGAAGACCCAGACAGUGCGGUGGACGAUAGAGACAGCGACUACCGCAGUGAGACCAGUAACAGCAUCCCCCCUCCCUUCUACACCACGUCUCAGCCCAACGCCUCCAUGCACCAGUACCCCAUCCAGAGAGACCUGCGCUACUCCUCGCACACCUCCUACAACGGCUCCAUCCAAGAGCUGGACUACGACAACCAGAGACCCAUGAGACGCUAUGAUAGUUUAGACUCGGCCACCAACGGGCGCAGCGAUCUCGAUUCAGCCUCAGGUUCGAGCCGGCACACCAGCCGCCAGUACUCUCUAGACAGUAGGCACUCGCUCUCCGAUAGUCCUACAGGCAGCAGUCGCUAUGCCUCCUCUGGGGAGCUGAGUCGAGGCAGCUCCCAGCUCAGUGAGGAGUUUGGCCCUGAGAACGAGGGGAGUCUGAGAGGCUCUGUGGAGCUCUACGAUGAGAACGACUCUUACCACUCCUGCCACUCCUCUGUCAGCUACGACAAGGAAUCGGCUGGCUGGGACCCCGAUGAGCCCGAGGUGGUGUACAGUGACGAAGGGGGCUAUGUCAAAGAUGGCGGAGAGGAGGGGGCUAUUUACGAUGAGGAGGGCGAGCUCUACCAGCCCGAGCAGGGAGAGGGGGAGUACAACUAUGAGGGAGAGGAGGAGAUAAUUUACGAAGAUGAAGAUCUCUACCCUCUGGACGGCACGCUCAGCGAGGACCAGGAGCCACCCUACACCCCCACCCCCACCAGCACAGCCCCCACGCUGGCCCCCGAGGCCUCCAUCACCAGGCCCCCUCUGGAGAAACAAGCCUCUCUGAGAGAGCAGCAGCCUGAGCCCCCUACCCUGGCCCCCACCACCCAGGCCCAGACCAUGCCCCCUGUCCAGCCCCCUGUCACCACAGCCUCCACCAAGCCUCCAUUUACCCCCAUGAUCCAUCCAUCCCUCACCCAGCCCCCGGUGCCCACCGCCCAGCCCCCGGCGCCCACCACCCAGCCCCCUGCUCCAGAGACCCAGCCUCCAGUGUCUGAUGCCCUGGAUGAUAUCCUCCUAGACCUUCAAGAGGAAGAUCCUCUGUCUUUAGAGCAGGAGGUCCCUGUGGUGGAGAGUCCCCCAGCAGAAGUCCCAGUAGAGAAGAGUGAGACUCCUCUUGUCAGCUAUCAAAGGCCCAUCAUGGAGCCUGGACCAGACAGGGCCAGGGCCAACUGGCAACGGCUCUGCAGCAAGGUCCGACUACAGCUGCAGCAGGCUCGAGGGGAGUCGGUUGGGAUUUGCUCCCUGUUGCUAUCAGCAGGGGUGGGUGGGGCGCUGUAUAGCAUUGACAGUAUGCCGGACCUCCGCAAGAGGAAAGCCAUGCCUCUGGUCAGGGACCUGGUCAGUGCUAUGUCCCUGGCUCAGAACUCCAGGAAGGCAGGGAUUACAUCAGCCAUGGCGUCCAGCACUCUCAAUAACGAGGAACUGAAGAGUCAUGUGUACAAGAAGACUCUACAGGCUCUGAUCUACCCCAUCUCCUGCACCACGCCCCAUAACUUUGAGGUGUGGACGGCCACCACGCCCACCUACUGCUAUGAGUGUGAGGGGCUGCUGUGGGGUAUCGCCCGCCAGGGCAUGAGGUGCACCGAGUGUGGGGUCAAAUGUCACGAUAAGUGCCAGGACCUGCUCAACGCUGACUGCCUGCAAAGGGCAGCGGAGAAGAGUUCUAAGCAUGGGGCGGAGGACCGAACCCAGAACAUCAUCAUGGUUCUGAAGGACAGGAUGAAGAUCCGGGAGAGGAACAAGCCGGAGAUCUUUGAGCUGAUCCAGGAGGUGUUUGCCAUGGUCAAAGCCACUCACGUCACCUACAUGAAGCAGAUCAAACAGAGCGUACUGGACGGCACCUCCAAGUGGUCGGCCAAGAUCAGCAUCACAGUGCUGUGUGCCCAGGGCCUUCAGGCCAAGGAUAAAACUGGCACGAGUGACCCUUAUGUCACGGUCCAGGUGGGCAAGACCAAGAAGAGGACCAAGACUAUCUACGGCAACCUCAACCCUGUCUGGGAGGAGAACUUCCACUUUGAGUGCCACAACUCCUCGGACCGGAUCAAGGUGCGGGUGUGGGACGAGGAUGAUGACAUCAAGUCUCGGGUGAAACAGAAGUUCAAGAGGGAGUCAGAUGACUUCCUGGGUCAGACCAUCAUUGAGGUCCGCACGCUGAGCGGAGAGAUGGACGUCUGGUACAACCUGGACAAGCGUACAGACAAGUCAGCUGUGUCUGGUGCCAUCAGGAUGCACAUCAAUGUAGAGAUCAAAGGAGAGGAAACAGUCGCUCCAUAUCAUGUCCAAUACACCUGUCUGCACGAGAACCUCUUCCACUUUGUCACAGAUGUGCAGAGCUCUGGCGUUGUGAAGAUUCCUGAUGCUAAAGGGGAUGAUGCGUGGAAGGUGUACUUUGAUGAGACUCCUCAGGAGAUAGUGGAUGAGUUUGCCAUGCGCUACGGAGUGGAAUCCAUCUACCAGGCUAUGACUCACUUUGCCUGCCUGUCGUCUAAGUACAUGUGCCCGGGGGUUCCCGCGGUAAUGAGUACCCUGCUGGCCAACAUCAAUGCCUACUACGCCCACACCACCCAGGCCACCAACAACGUGUCGGCCUCCGACCGCUUCGCCGCAUCCAACUUUGGGAAAGAACGAUUUGUGAAGCUCCUGGACCAACUCCACAACUCUCUGAGGAUUGAUCUGUCCAUGUACCGGAAUAACUUCCCAGCCAGCAGUGCUGAGAGGCUGCAGGACCUCAAGUCUACUGUGGACCUGCUCACCAGCAUCACCUUCUUCAGGAUGAAGGUCCAGGAGCUACAGAGUCCCCCCAGAGCCAGUCAGGUGGUGAAGGACUGUGUCAAGGCCUGUCUCAACUCCACCUAUGAAUACAUCUUCAAUAACUGUCACGAGCUCUACAGCCGGGAGUACCAGACAGAUCCGGCCAAGCCAGGAGUGGAUCACCCAGAGGAGCAGGGUCCCAGCAUCAAGAACCUGGACUUCUGGUCCAAACUAAUCACCCUCAUCGUGUCCAUCAUAGAAGAGGACAAGAACUCCUACACACCCUGCCUCAACCAGUUUCCUCAGGAGCUCAACGUGGGUAAAAUCAGUGCCGAGGUGAUGUGGAACCUGUUUGCUCAGGAUAUGAAGUACGCCAUGGAGGAGCAUGAAAAGAACCGGCUGUGUAAGAGUGCGGAUUACAUGAACCUGCAUUUUAAAGUCAAGUGGCUUUACAACGAGUACUGCAAAGACCUGCCCUUCUUCAAGAGCCGUGUGCCCGAGUACCCGGCGUGGUUUGAGCCAUUUGUCAUCCAGUGGUUGGACGAGAAUGAGGAAGUGUCUCGAGACUUCCUGCACGGUGCGCUGGAGAGGGACAAAAAAGACGGGUUCCAGGUAACGUCGGAACAUGCUCUGUUCUCCUGCUCCGUGGUGGACGUCUUCUCUCAGCUCAAUCAGAGCUUUGAGAUCAUCCGCAAGCUGGAGUGUCCCGACCCCCAGAUCGUAGGCAACUAUAUGAAACGAUUUGCCAAGACCAUCGGUAACGUUCUCCUGUCCUACGCUGACAUCAUCUCCAAGUGCUUUGCUAACUACGUCAACAUGGAGAAAGUGCCAUGCAUCCUGAUCAACAACAUCCAGCAGCUCAGAGUUCAACUGGAGAGGAUGUUUGAGGCCAUGGGAGGAAAGGACCUGUGCAAAGAGGCCAGUGACUUCCUGAAAGACCUGCAGGUGAAGCUGAAUACUGUGAUGGAUGAUCUCAGCAGGAUCUUUUCUGUCAGUUUCCAGCCGCAGAUUGAGGACAACGUGAAACAGAUGGGAGACAUCCUUGGCCAGGUGAAGGGGACCAACGUGGGGGCUAACAACUGCAGUAGCGUGGCCCAGGACGCUGACAAUGUGCUGCAGCCCAUCAUGGACUUCCUGGACAGCAAUGUGUCACCCUGCCCUAUGUGGGUCUGUUGCUUGCGUCUGAUCUUCUCCAACUCCACUGUAUCAGUCAACCAAUCAGACUGUGGGGACAGGAUCCUUCCUGAAGUAUUAACCAAUGUCCUCUCUUUACAGGGGAGGGUGAAGCUUGCUUGUCACAGUGAUGGCACUCAGCUCAUCUCCAAUGCUGCCAAACAGCUGGGACAGCUCUCCAAGAUAAAGGAGCACAUGGGCCGUGAGGAGGCCAAGGCACUGUCCCCUAAGCAGUGUGCUGUGAUAGAACUGGCUCUGGACACCAUCAAGCAAUACUUCCAUGCUGGAGGGGUGGGUCUGAAAAAGACCUUCCUGGAGAAGAGUCCUGACCUGUUGUCUCUACACUACGCCCUGUCCCUCUACACCCAGGCCACAGACAAACUCAUCAAGACCUUUGUUUCAUCUCAGAACGCACAAGGCUCUGGAGUGGACGACGCCGUGGGAGAGGUGUCUAUCCACGUGGAGAUCUUCACCCACCCCAACACUGGAGAGCACAAGGUCACCGUUAAAGUGGUGGCAGCCAAUGACCUGAGGUGGCAGACCACGGGGGUGUUCCGUCCCUUCGUGGAGAUCUACAUCAUCGGUCCUCACCUGGCUGACAAGAAGAGGAAGUACGCCACCAAGUCCAAGAACAACAGCUACGCCCCCAAAUACAACGAAACGUUCACAUACACCCUCAGUAACGAGGUGGGCACAGAGUGUUACGAGCUGCAGGUGUGUGUGAAGGACUACUGCUUCGCCCGGGAGGACCGUACGGUGGGCAUGGCCGUGAUGCAGUUGAAGGACAUGUCCUCUAGGGGCAGCGUGGCGUGCUGGCUCCCCCUGGGGAAACGCGUGCACAUGGACGAGACGGGCCUCACCGUCCUCCGAAUCCUGUCCCAGCGCAACAACGACGACGUGGCAAAGGAGUUCGUCAAGCUCAAGUCAGACCAGCGUUCUCCCGAGGAAGGCCGAGGCUGAGAGGGCAAAGUCUUUAUUCGAUCAGCACCACCUACAGGCUUGGAAGUCCUUCUGCAGACUGACUGCAAGCCAAACCACUUGCCCUGAUGUUGUAGUGUUGGACAAACACAGAGAAACAGUUCUUUACUACAAUACUGUACAUACAUCUCAUUGAAGAAGACGUGAUACCAUCUACAGGCAUUGCCCUGAUUGUCUUGAAAGCACCGAUGUGUUUAUUAUGAAUAUGACUAAUUAUCUUGUAAAAAUGCAUAGAUAUAAUCGUAAACACAGCAAACCCCACAACACUGACCAACAUUCUACAACACAUCCACACACACACACACACAGAGAGUUUAAGUCAUAGAGUAUAUAGAGUACCCUUGUUCUCUCCCUCUCUCUAUUUCCCAUAGCAUAGGCCAUGUCUUAGUGCUCUCCAAUCACACAUUUGAACUAGAAUCUGCCAAUCUCCACUAGUUUCAUGCAGCGGUAUCUAAAAGCUCCGGGAGAUGAAGUUCUUGUAGCUUUGAAAGUCUUGACGUAUCUUCUAUGACAUUAACUCCACGAUCCCUUCCUUUGUCUAGACUAAUGCCAAUGGAUCAAUCCAUGAUGUUAUGCCAAGUCAAGCCCUAAGCACAAGUCAACAGGACCAACUGUGAACAGCAGACCAUCAGGCUUUUAGGCCUCACACAUUCCAAAGAGUCAGGUUUACACACACUGGUUUAUGAUACUAUUUCCAUGGGUUGUCCACCAUAGGCUGAAUUCUGGAUCUUCUCUAAUUCCGACAUGGAGUAUCUAUAGCAGAGCAGGCUUGACAAAUUAUAAAUGUAAAUGUUUACAAGUAUUAAUUUGAGAUAUUAUCAGUGAAUUUAUGGUAUAUUUAAAGACUAUAUGAAGACGUUGCACUUGGAAGAGAGUGUCCCUGUCUGUCUGUCUGUCUGUUUGUCUACCCUGUUACAGAGCCUGCUGCCUGAAACCCUCUAAUGCCUUGUCCUGUCAAACCUGUUGUCUGUCUUCAGUACAUAGUGAGAGCAACCUGAUGAAGACAAGCCUCGGAGCUCUGUGGUUCAUCAGCACGUGUGUGGGUGUAUGUUCAAGAGAAGGAGAUGAAUGAGUGUGUAUACAGGUGUGCUAUCUUAAUUUGAACAGUUUCUCAGGAAAUGUGAAUUACUAUGUGGAUUAUAAUUAAUGGACAUUUUUGUAGGGGUUUCUAAAUGUUUAGUUAGGAUAAUUCAAGUCUGACAUUUUAAAGUGGAAAUGACAAACAUUAGAAGCAUUUUUAAUCCUUGAAUAUAUUACAAUUUGCAUUUGCUGCAGAGCCGGGAAAAAAUUCUGCGACAACAGAGUGAUCAAAUUAAGAUAGUACAUCUGUAUACUGUUUGUGUGUUAUAUUGUUACAAUGUUGACCUUGUGUAGACACCAGUGUUGCCUGUUUGUGUAAAUGUGUAAAUCACAGAAAGCCAUCAAGAACAUAGAACGCAUUAUAGUGGAAGAACACAUAGUCUAUAGUAUAUUUAGAUUAUUUGAGAAUUUCCUAAGUGUCUUUUACUUGGUGGAAUGCAAGUCAAAUUUUUUGGGUGAAGGUUUAUUGCUUGUUUGAUCAGAAACAUUUAGUGGGCUGUACAGUACAGAGUAUAAACAGAGCUCCAUUAGUUUGCCUUGGAAAACAGCCACCUCCUCUCCUUUAACCUCUCUGAUCAACAUGUGUCAGCGUGGAAGAGAGCAGUUAGAGACAAAACACUGAGACAUUUCUUACUGCUUGUGUUGCCAUAGCAACCUCUUGUCAAAUGAAGAUGUCAGGCCACGGGUGACCCCCACGGUCUCUUUUUUUUUGUCUUUCUUCCCCUCUGCUGGGGGAAGCACACAUGACCUAUAACCUUUUACCUAGAAUGGCCAGGCUGUCUGGUCCUGGUUCUGAGCACACAGGGUCUGUCCACAAGGGCUAUAGUACGGAACUGCUCCUGCCUGCCCUCUUCAAUGGUGAAACCUGCCAUAGAUAUGUGACUGAGAUAGCUAUGUGGGGGGAAAUCGCAUAACAUCCAUGGCUCUCACAUUUAAAAGAAGCACAUAGAAAGCAUGCAAAGGCUAGUAAGCACAAGGAAGGGUAGUAAACACAGGGAAAGUAGUAAACACAGGGUAGGGUAGUAAACACAGGGUAGGGUAGUAAACACAGGGUAGGGUAGUAAACACAGGGUAGGCUAGUAAGCACAAGGAAGGGUAGUAAACACAGGGUAGAGUAGUAAGCACAGGGAAGGGUAGUAAACACAGGGUAGGUUAGUAAGCACAGGGUAGGUUAGUAAGCACAGGGAAGGGUAGUAAGCACAGGGAAGGGUAGUAAGCACAGGGAAGGGUAGUAAGCACAGGGAAGGGUAGUAAGCACAGGGAAGGGUAGUAAGCACAGGGAAGGGUGGUAAGCACAGGGAAGGGUAGUAAACACAGGGAAGGGUAGUAAGCACAGGGAAGGGUAGUAAGCACAGGGAAGGGUAGUAAGCACAGGGAAGGGUAGUAAACACAGGGUAGGGUGGUAAACACAGGGAAGGGUAGUAAACACAGGGAAGGGUAGUAACCACAGGGAAGGGUAGUAACCACAGGGAAGGGUAGUAAACACAGGGAAGGGUAGUAAAUACAGGGAAGGGUAGUAAACACAGGGUAGGGUAGUAAACACAGGGAAGGGUAGUAAGCACAGGGAAGGGUAGUAAGCACAGGGAAGGGUAGUAAGCACAGGGAAGGGUAGUAAACACAGGGAAGGGUAGUAAACACGGGGAAGGGUAGUAAGCACAGGGAAGGGUAGUAAGCACAGGGAAGGGUAGUAAGCACAGGGAAGGAUAGUAAGCACAGGGAAGGGUAGUAAACACAGGGAAGGGUAGUAAACACAGGGAAGGGUAGUAAACACAGGGAAGGGUAGUAAACACAGGGAAGGGUAGUAAGCACAGGGAAGGGUAGUAAGCACAGGGAAGGGUAGUAAACACAGGGAAGGGUAGUAAACACAGGGAAGGGUAGUAAGCACAGGGAAGGGUAGUAAGCACAGGGAAGGGUAGUAAGCACAGGGAAGGGUAGUAAGCACAGGGAAGGGUAGUAAGCACAGGGUACCUACAGGGUAUUGGUGGUGUUGUAGCUCAUAGUGCAUGCAUGGUACUCAGACUGUAACCAUACUGUAUCUAGUGCCAUUCCAGGACCAAAGGUCCCAACUUUCACCCCUUUAUCAUUGAUUAAAGAUCCUGGAGGUUGAGCCUGCAGGAUAGGAUCGUAUGUAAUUCCUGUGAUGUCAAAACUGGAUUAUAUUAAGACUGUCAAUGGAAUGACAGGUCUCUCCCCACUCCCUCCCCUCCACAGCCCACUACACUGCCUCCCCUCUCUCCCCUCCACAGCCCACUACACUGCCUCCCAUCUCUCCCCUCCACAGCCCA